UGCGCAGUUAAAUCCGGAAGUAUCAAAAAAUACAGAAAAAAAUAAAAACACCGAAUGCAUCUAACUGACGAUUAUCAUUAUCUCUUUUCUAUUCAUAUAGCCUACAAUGAUACAUCUGUCUAUAGAUGUAUGGAAUAAUUUGAUUUGAUCGGUGUCCUAACAAUUUAGUGGACUACAUUUAACAAAUGACUGUAAGAUAUGGCUCCUGUGCCUGAUGAUCCCACAAAAAAGAAGUCAGAAAUAGAUCGUUUAAGUGGUCCCCCUAUUUCUAUGACUGUGAGUAGCUCUGAUAGUGACGAAGGAGAAGUGGCAGAGAAUGAAUAUCAGCUAUUACCACAGUCUCCAGAUUUAGCUGAACCAUAUAAUAAUGGUACAGUGGAAACACAACAGAAUAAUGGCAGUAGUCAAGUAUUAAAUGAACAAGAACAAAAUACAAGUGCAAUAGAGACAAUUGAAAGUAAAGUAAAAGACAACAGUGUAGAAGAGGAGACUGAUUUAGCAGACACUGCAAGUAACACUGAACCAACAUCUAAGGCGCAAAGUAUUGAUGUAGAAAAGAAGGAAAGAUGUGAACUUUGGAAUAAUACUCCGACAAAGAAUGAUAUAACAAUAGAUCAAGAGAAAGCUAAUACAAUUAGAGAGGCCAUGUCUGGCUUUAAGCUUCCAACUGCCAGCAUUCCACCGUGGGCUUCUAAUAUAACAGAGAACAAUUGGCUAAAGAAAUUAUCAGAAAUUGGUGGGAAUAAACAUUCUAAUAAUGAUGAUGAUAAAUCCUAACAACAUAGUCUUGCUUAAAGACUGUGGACCCCUCUUCCUCCCCAACAAAUCACAUCAUUUGGGAGAGGUAUGUAGUGGGGAGGGGCUCACAAGGGCCUGUUGCUGGACUAUUAACAACAGAACAUAACCAUAUUUGUUUAGAAAGCAACUGAAAACAUACAUUGUUAAUGAGAGGAACUGAAAACACUAAAAAAUACCAGUCUUAUAAGAGCAGGGCUGAAAAUAUUGUUGUGUAUGAGAUCUUAUAAGAAAGGAACUGAAAAUGCUAUUAAAUACCAAAGUCUUAUAAAAGAAGGACUGAAUGAUUAUUUCACAACAGAGUCUUAGUGUAAUAUAUCAGAUUUACUUGAAGCGAGGUAGGCUAUUGAAAAUUUUGUUACAUACGAGUCUAUGUAUUAUAUAAUGUAAUUUAUAAUGUGUAAUAUUUGAUGUUACGUUUUUAUAAAAAAAA